CCCGGCGCCGCCGAGCCCUAACAGUCCUUCGGUCUGCCCCGGAAACGGUACAUCCCAGUGGGUCGCCAUGGGCAGCAAGAUGGCUGCGGCCACCCGUGUCGUGCAGGUAGUCAAGCCACACACUCCCCUAAUAAGGUUCCCUGACAGAAAAGGCUACCCCAAACUGAAUGUACCAGGAUCUUUAAAAUCAUCCGUGCUUCCAUCUCACUCUUCUGCAAUAUCACAGCAUUCUGUGGGUGAUAAAUCAUCAGGUUUGCCAAUGAAUCAUGGUCCACCAGAUACUGCUGAAAUAGUAAAAACAUUACCUCAGAAAUACAGGAGGAAACUCAUGUCUCCAGAAGAAAUCGACUUUAUUCAACGUGGAGGUCCGGAGUAAUCACUGACAAGCCUGUUAUUUAUGAUUGUCAGACAAAGAGGGGCUAUCUUCACAAUAAAGGCCUUCCAAAAUGACUAUGUUUAAAUUGUAUAUGAAACCAAUUUAAUAUAAGAUUCUGUAUAAAAUAAAGGGUAGAAAAUUUAGAUAGACAUUUACAUAUCCUAAUUUGUUUCUAAGUAAAUUUGUCUAUAAGCUAACCUGAGGUUUGAGUUAUUGUUUCUUAAAGUGUAGGAUUUUUUUGUAAUUUAGGUAGCAUAUUAACUUACUUUUGAUUUUCAGUUAUUUCUAAUAUUUAACUGUUAAAAGCUCAGGUUUAAUUUCUAGUAACCUAUCAGAUUUCCCAUAAUUUUUCAUUGUUUUUUUCUUUAGUAAUGGAAAGUACUGGUCAGGUAGAAUCGUUGUUUUAGGAGAGAUACCAAAGCUUUUGAGAUUAGAUGAGAAUCAGUGUUAUCCUAUUCUGAAGGAUAAAAUUCAGAUAGGACUGAUCACUGUGUUACUAAGAGUAGGAUAAUAAUGAAAAAUAUAUUUUAUUAUAGUUAUCAAACUUGUGUUUGUCAAAAACCAUAAAAUGACAAACAAAAAAUGAAAUGGAAGUAGGGGGGAUGUGUUUUAGAAGGUAUUCUGUUUAUGUCUUAAGAGAAGAAAAAGUUCCUGCCCUUUGAGUUUGUUAUGUUUUGAUCGUGUAUUGUGAGAACAAAUCGAAUUAAAUAUUUAUUUUCCCACUU